ACUGAGAGAGAGAUCAUUGGAAUCAGCCUCAGUUGACAAAUAUUCACUAUCUCUUUCACGGAGAGAGAGAGAGACUGAGAGAAAAAAGAGAGGGUAUUCUUUACAUAAUAUUCAUCUAAUACAAAUAAAAGAUGGCUCUUCACCUUUCUUGGGUUUUCGUUUUCGGCAUCCUCGGCAACGUUGUUUCAUUCAUGGUCUCCCUUUCUCCCUUGCCAACAUUUUAUCAAAUCUACAAGAAGAAAACAUCAGAAGGGUUCCAAUCAUUACCCUAUGUGGUAUCAUUGUUCAGUGCGAUGCUUUGGAUUUACUAUGCACUUCUUAAGAAGGAUGCUAUGCUACUAAUUACCAUCAACACUUUCUGCUGUUUCAUUCAAUCUUUUUACAUUGUCACUUACUUUUACUAUGGUAGAAAGAAGGAAAAGCUCGAAACUGUGAAGCUUAUGCUCCUAUUCAAUGUUUUCGGGUUCGGACUUGUCUUUUUCUCCACUUACUUCCUUCAUAACCCAAUGACCCGUCUCCAUAUUCUCGGAUACAUUUGCAUGGGGUUCUCUUUGAGUGUGUUCGCGGCACCACUUGCUAUCGUGAGAAAAGUCAUAAAGACAAAGAGUGUUGAGUUCAUGCCGUUUACUUUAUCAGUGUUCCUUACCCUAGGAGCAGUGAUGUGGUUCUUCUAUGGCCUUUUGUUGAAGGAUAUGAACAUUGCGGUACCAAACGUACUAGGGUUUAUCUUUGGGAUCCUUCAAAUGAUACUUUAUGCAAUCUACAAGAACCACCCAAAGAAAAUGGUGGUGGAAGAUCCAAAGCUUCAACUACCAGACCAGCACAUAGUUGAUGUCAUUAAACUCGAGUCGGUCGUGUCUUCGGAUGUAAACACAACGGCUCCUCAACCGUACGAAAAUAGAGGAGGAGCAAGAGGAGGUGUUGAAGCUCAAAAUACGAAGGAAAAAGCUUCAGAUGCUUCCCAAAAAGUUUAAAAGGUUCAAUGAAAGGGAAAAAAAAGGGUUCUACAAGUGGACGAUGAUCGCUCGAGUGAUGCCAAUAAAAAAAAGUUAUAGCAAUGUAUAAUAAAAUUACGUUUAGUUUUUGUUUUCAUGGCAAAUAAGGUCAAAAGCCAUGCAAAAUAAAAGGAAAAAAAGUAAAUUAAAAUAAUGUGUUGUGGAAUUUCUAUCCCCCUCAUUGUAAUCUUUUUCUCUCCAUCUCUCUCUUGUCUAUCAAUCAAUAAUGAGUGUAUAAUGUUUUUUGUUUUUAUUACGUUAAUGUUUAAUAUAUAUAUAUUAUAAUUA